AUGUCAGUGUACGACGCUGCUUUUGUGAACACGGAGCUCUCGAAACCGACGUCAAUCUUCGGGCUCCGGCUCUGGGUCGUCAUCGGAAUCCUAGUCGGGUCUCUGAUUGUCCUGACCCUCUUCCUCCUCUCGCUCUGCCUCACCUCGCGCCACCGCUCUAAGGCCCACAAGGCCCAGCCCAAGCCCACCACCGACUCGCCCACUCCAGUGAUAUCGAAAGAAAUCCAGGAAAUUGUUCACGACCUCCAUGUCGAGAUCGGGAAGCCUGACCACCGGGUCGUGGUGUAUUCGGACCGAGCGUCGAGUGGGGAGAGUAAGGGGACUUUGAAUAGUGGGUGUGAGACGGCAUCGUAUGGGAGUGGGAACGUGGUGGGGCCCGAGGUGUCGCAUCUGGGGUGGGGGAGAUGGUACACUCUGAGAGAGCUUGAGGCGGCUACCAAUGGGCUCUGUGAAGAGAAUGUGAUUGGGGAAGGUGGGUAUGGGAUUGUUUACAGUGGGAUUCUCAGUGAUGGGACUAAAGUCGCUGUAAAGAACUUGUUGAAUAACAGGGGUCAAGCUGAGAAGGAGUUUAAAGUGGAGGUGGAAGCAAUUGGACGUGUGAGACACAAAAAUCUUGUAAGGUUGCUGGGAUACUGUGUUGAGGGUGCAUACAGGAUGCUUGUGUAUGAGUACGUUGACAAUGGCAAUCUGGAUCAAUGGCUUCAUGGGGAUGUUGGUGAAGUCAGUCCGCUAACAUGGGAUAUCCGUAUGAAUGUUAUACUGGGAACAGCAAAAGGGUUGGCCUAUCUUCAUGAGGGUCUUGAACCAAAGGUUGUCCAUCGUGAUGUGAAAUCUAGCAACAUACUAGUUGAUCGCCAGUGGAACCCCAAAGUAUCUGAUUUCGGGCUUGCUAAGCUCCUUUGCUCGGAGAACAGUUAUGUGACAACUCGGGUGAUGGGAACGUUUGGUUAUGUUGCCCCAGAAUACGCUUGCACGGGAAUGCUGAACGAAAAGAGUGAUGUUUAUAGCUUUGGAAUACUUAUUAUGGAGAUUAUAUCAGGGAGAAGCCCUGUUGAUUAUAGUCGACAACAAGGAGAGGUUAAUCUAGUUGAAUGGUUGAAAACCAUGGUUGGGAAACGAAAAGCUGAGGAAAUAGUUGAUCCCAAGCUGCCUGAGAUGCCUGGGUCAAAAGCACUUAAGCGUGCUCUGCUGGUUGCUCUUCGAUGUGUUGAUCCUGAUGCCACAAAAAGGCCAAAAAUGGGACAUGUGAUCCACAUGCUUGAGGCUGAUGACUUGCUUGUUCGUGAUGAACGCCAAACUGGUAGAGAUACGUCCCGAUCAGAUCCUGAUUAUCAACGGGACGAUCAUGUUGUUGUGAAGAUAGCGGAUAAACAUUUGAAUGAAGGGACUUCUGAUACUAGUGAAGGUGAUACUGGUAGGAACCAUCAUCAACCUACAAGGUGGAGAUAA